AGCUCCCACUACCGCUACCACUUUCCAUUGUCGAGUCCGAAUUCAACAUCAUCAACAUCGCUACUUCCCUUCUGUAUCGCUUCUCCCUCCUUCCCUUCCAAUGGACCCUUGAGCUCCCUCAUCGCAGUAUUUUUGCUCCGCCUGGCAGAUCCAAAACUCGCGCCUCCCCCCAACCAACUUCAACAUGAAGUGCCGCGCCCCAUUUUCGUUCGUUCCCAUGGCUGUCACCUUUGUGACAGUGCUCGUCUACUUGGGAAUCGGCAUACCUCUUCUCGUCCUCCAUGAAACAGUCCCAGCUGCUCCUACGGAUCCGACGCGCUUCCGUGGACUCAAUCUUACUGAAGCUUGGUUGGACUUGACCCAGCUCACAAACGGCUACCACCCUUUCAACAGUCGGAAGAACGAUGAUGUAAGGGACUGGCUCAUGAAGACAAUCGAGGCAAUAUUGGAAAAGAAUCAUGUUCGAUGGACGGCAGUCAGCGAAAUCACAGGCACCGCGGAGCAAAAUGGGCAAUUGAAUGGGGCAAAAUAUGAUGUCGAACAACCAGCAGCUUCAUUCGGAACUUAUGACGCCGAUAUUACCCAUGGAGACCUUCUAGUCCGCGAAAAUUUACCCCCGGUUGUUGUCUUUAAUGACAUGCUUUCGAAUUUUACUUCAAAUGCUCUCACAAAGAUUGGAGCCAGUGGUCGGCGACUCGGUAUCAGUACCUACUUUGAAGGCAGCAAUAUUGUCUGCUAUAUUCCGGGCACCGAGGAUGAGGCAGGAGAUUGGUGGAAUUCAUCGUCUAUUCAUGCAGCAAAAAUCCAUGGCAAAGGAGGAGUAAUGGUCAAUGCCCAUUUUGAUAGUGUCUCUACUGGCUAUGGUGCAACAGAUGAUGGUGUAGGUGUUAUCACCGCAUUGCAAUUGAUCAAAUACUUCACAACUCCAGGCAAUGCACCUAAAAAAGGCGUCGUGGUUCUAUUCAACAAUGGCGAAGAAGAUGGGUUAUACGGAGCCAAAGCUUUCUUGUCGCAUCCAAUGGCAAAGUUUGUCCAUACUUUCCUCAAUCUUGAAGGCGCCGGAGCUGGUGGAAGAGCAACACUAUUUCGAAGUACAGAUACCGAAGUCACUCGUGCUUAUGGAAAAUCUCGGCAUCCAUUCGGCUCAGUCGUUAGUGCUGAUGGUUUCUCCCUUGGAUUUGUUAGAAGCGAGACAGACUAUGUAAUUUUCCGUGCUGAAGGCUACCGUGGGCUUGACGUUGCUUUCUGGGAACCGAGAGCAAGGUACCAUACCAACCAAGAUGAUGCCAAACACACCUCUAAGGAUUCGCUCUGGCAUAUGUUAUCCGCUUCAGUUGAAACGAUGCGAUAUUUGACAUCUGAUACUAGUGGUACUUUCAUUGGUCCAAGAGGAGACAACGACGGUGACAAAGUGAAGAAUGGCUGCGGGACUGAUGGGGUAUGGUUCGACAUAUUUGGAACUGUAUUUGCAGUUUUCGCUCUUCGCACCCUUUUUGCCUGGUCCUUGACUUUACUUAUUGCAUCACCACUGAUCUUGGCCUUGGUAACAUACCUUCUUAUCAAGAAAAACAAGUUCUACUUUUUUGCUGGUUCCGUCAAACCGGCGGGUCAUGAAUCGGAGGCCGUGCCUCUCAAAGGCUGGCGAGGAGCCACUCGGUUUCCAAUUGUACGCAACAUUUUCUUUAUUCGCACUCUUAAGCUCGUGUCCCUGAUGAUCGGGAAACCUUUCUUACUUGCUCACUGCUCUUGGCCCCUCAUUCAAGGAGGAAGAUAGAGGCUAACUAUUGUAGGCUUUUAUUAUUGCCGGUGCCAUUACGUUCGGAGCCGCAUUUCUGGUCACAAAGUUUAACCCAUUGAUUAUCUACUCAUCUCAGUAUGCGGUCUGGACUAUGUCUCUCAGCCUUUAUUUUUGCGUUUACUGGUUCAUCAUGGCUGGGUGCAACUUUGUUAGGCCUUCCGCUUUACAUCGAGGCUACGUUUUGCUCUGGAUGUAUCUUUUUGGGUGGGCUUUGCUUGUAGCAGCCACUGUAUUCGAGGACAGAUACCACAUAUCAGGUGGGUAUAUGUUUGUCUUUUACGAGGCGGCAAUCUUUUUGGCGGCGUUCAUCGGACUUUGUGAGCAAUUCGCACUUCCAACCAAAAGUUCCGUCGCCGAGGCUGCUCAUGAUGACCACGAGACGAGAAAUGGGCUUGAUGCUGUACCGAGUUCAGACGGCGUUGUUGACUCGGGACGACGCCCAAGUCAAGAUGAUAAUGCAGAUCCUACGGAGGAAACCCCAUUAGUUGGUGGUGAACAUCGUUCUCCCAUUGGUUCCACGUUCGUCAGAAUAUAUCGCAGACCUCUUCCUGCUACAACUGAUGGUGCCGACGACGAUUCAUAUGACCAUGAAGAUCACCCAUUUGGGGGAGAACAAAAGUGGUCUGCAAAGAUGCCAACUUGGACUUGGCUGGUCCAAUUUCUACUCUUGGGUCCAUUUAUCCUCGUCAUCAUUGGACAAGUUGGACUCUUGCUCGUCACAGCAAUGAAUCAGACCGGUACUGAUGGGAGCCCCCUAUUGCUUCCAUACUUGAUUGUUGCCUUAUUCUCGAUUUUGAUCCUUCUUCCCCUCAGUCCAUUCAUUCACCGCAUUACCCACCACUUGCCGACUUUCCUCUUUCUUAUAUUUAUCGGUACUUUAAUAUAUAAUCUUGUUGCUUUUCCUUUCUCCGGGCAAAAUCGAUACAAAGCCUACUUCCAGCAGACUGUUGAUCUGGACACUGGCGUCAACCAUGUGACCGUCGCCGGCCUUGAGUCGUACGUCCGACAAAUCAUUGCCGAAGUUCCAUCUGCUGCAGGACAAAAGAUUGAUUGUACGACAAAGUCAGCGAUUCGGGAUGGUAUAAGUUUCUGCUCAUACCAUGGGCUCGCCCCAAAAGUGAUCGAUAAUGUGAAAGCUGGUGUACCACCAGAGAAAGGUUAUCAAGAUUGGCUUUCAUAUAAUGUUUCUCGGGUAUCUGGCGAGAAUAAAGCCAGAUUUCAUAUAUCAGGCCAGGAGACUAAAGCGUGUAUCAUCCGCUUUCAGGAUCCUUUCUCAGCAUUCAGUGUUGAAGGCGCAGCCAAGAGUGAUGGGAAAUGGGCUGAUGUCCCCGAGAGUGGUAGCGAUCAAAUCAAAUUAUGGCACCGAGAUUGGAAUCGCGAAUGGGUCGUUGAUGUUGAGUGGCCCGUCUCGGCUGGGAAACAGGUAGGUGAGGAAGGACGAAGUGGGAGGGUUGUGUGUCUAUGGAGUGAUCAGAAUGUUCCCGGGACGAUCCAGGCUUUGGAUGAGUUGCAGAGAUUCUCACCUCAGUGGACUAGCAUUGUUAAAUUGAUGGAUGGAUUGGUUGAGGGGAGUAAGGCGUUUGUUGUUUAGGUCUUGCUUGCUUGCGGGCUGGCGCUGGGGUUUCAUUAUGAAUUUGGAAUGUGGUAUGAAUGGGGGAUAUGGCGGGUAGGAAUAGGAGUAGAGGUUAAUGUGUAGUAAUAGCCGAGGGUUGAGCUUUGAAUACAUAAAUACAGUAGUUUUCU